UGAUGCUUGAUGGGAAUCCGAGAUUGAAUAUGGCAUCGUUCGUGACGACGUGGAUGGAGCCGGAGUGCGACAGACUCAUCAUGGCGUCGAUUAAUAAGAACUAUGUGGAUAUGGUGGAGUAUCCAGUUACCACUGAGCUCCAGAAUCGAUGUGUCAACAUGAUUGCUCAUCUCUUCAACGCACCUCUGGAUGAGUCCGAGAACGCCGUCGGAGUCGGGACGGUGGGCUCCUCGGAAGCCAUAAUGCUCGCCGGACUCGCCUUCAAGAGGCGGUGGCAGGAGAAGAUGAGAGCUCGAGGGAAGCCCUGUGACAAGCCUAACAUUGUCACUGGUGGCAAUGUUCAGGUUUGCUGGAAGAAAUUUGCCAGAUAUUUUGAGGUGGAAUUGAAGGAAGUGAAGCUGAGAGAUGGGUACUAUGUUAUGGAUCCUCAGAAGGCCGUUGAGAUGGUGGACGAGAAUACAAUAUGUGUUGCUGCCAUUUUGGGCUCUACUCUCAAUGGAGAGUUUGAAGAUGUAAAGCUGCUGAAUGAUCUGCUUAUGAAGAAGAAUAAGGAGACAGGGUAUGUGCUUAAUUAUGAAAUUAUCAAAUGGGAUUUUAGGCUUCCCCUUGUUAAGAGUAUUAACGUGAGCGGGCACAAGUACGGGCUUGUCUAUGCCGGCAUCGGCUGGGUUAUUUGGAGGAGCAAGGAAGACCUGCCAGAAGAACUUAUCUUCCACAUCAACUAUCUUGGCGCUGAUCAGCCCACCUUCACUCUCAAUUUCUCCAAAGGUUCGAGCCAGAUCAUUGCACAAUACUAUCAGUUAGUUCGCCUGGGCUUCGAGGGUUACAGGAGCAUAAUGAAAAACUGCCAGGAAAACGCCGCAUUCCUCAAAUCCAGCCUUGAAAAAACCGGCCGGUUUACAAUCGUCUCCAAGAACCGGGGCGUCCCGCUCGUGGCCUUCUCCCUCAAAAACCGGAGCCGGCACGACGAAUUCGAGGUCUCCGAAUACCUCCGCCGGUUCGGCUGGAUCGUUCCGGCCUACACGAUGCCCCCCGACGCGCAGCACGUCACGGUUCUCCGCGUCGUCAUCCGCGAGGAUUUCAGCCGCACGCUCGCCGACCGACUUGUGCUCGACGUCCAGAAGGUUCUGCACGAGCUCGACGCUCUGCCAUCCAAAUUCCUCGCGAUUGCAGCCGGCGAUAAGGUGGCGGCGGAGAGGGCGCGCGCGAAGGGAGGUAAGGAUGGGUUGAUAUUGGUGAAGAAGUCGGAGAUGGAGGCGCAGAGGAUGGUCGCGAAUGCUAAAACGUGCAGGAAUUUUGUUAUCGCGCGUAAGACCAAUGAGGUUUGCUGAUUGGUUGAUGAAAACGAGUUAUUGAAGUUUUGAUGCAUGCAUAUUCAAAUG